AUUUUACGAAAUCAUAAUAUUAGGUUUGGAGAUUCAACGUAAGACUUUGAAAACCGCAACCUAUUGUGUUCAUUUAUCCCGAUCAUCUCUCCGACACCGACUGCCAUCAAUCCCCAUCCGAUCCCUCCACAUAUCCCGGACCCUGGUUCGGGCCCGGAUCAUGACGAAAACUAUCUGUAUCGUCGGCGCUGGGCCUUCUGGUCUCGUAGCAGCGAAGACCUUAUUACAUGACACACCUGAGGAUUCAUUCAAGGUCACCAUCUUCGAAGCCCAGCCCCGAAUCGGCGGGCUGUGGCCUACGAAAAAGAAUGAUGUUGGCGGCCUCGUGCAUCCGCUCAUGGUAACCAACCAGAGCAGGCAUACAGUCCAGUUCAGUAACUUUUCCUGGCCAGACUCCGUUCCACAAUUCCCCAAGGCGUGGCAAGUCGGACAAUAUUUAGAACGAUACAUCGAUGAGUAUAGCGGUGCUGAUAUACGGCUUGGGUAUAAAGUUGUGAAAACCGAUUUACAAGACGAUGGUUCGUGGAAAGUGGAAGUUGAGUCGGAUGGAAGAUUUGAAACGGCGACAUUCGACUAUUUACUCGUCAGUACAGGAUUCUUUGGGAAGCCGAUAUGGCCGGAUUACGUUCCGAAAGGGGCGGAUGUGCCUAUAAUCCAUAGCAGCGAGUACCGAGACCUCCAGAGUCUCCUAGCAAAGUCAAGUCGUGGUGGUGGUAAGAUUCUCAUCGUCGGCGGACAAAUGUCUGGAAUUGAGACCGCGGCAACCAUCGCGACUCAUCUUUCAUCUGCUACCCACUCACCUGGAAAGAAGACAAUACAGGAGCCCGAGAGUUACUCCAUACAUCAUAUCGCCCAUCGACCUUCAUGGGUAUUUCCGUUAUUUACAUCUCCAAAGCCGGCUGCAUCAGCACCGCCAUUUCUACCAUGCGAUUUACCCUCAUACAACUUAGCUAAUCGGCCACACCCUCUAACAAACAGCCAAGGGCAUAUAAGCGUUGAGGCGGCACGCACCUUGAACGCGAUCUGCCAAUCAACAUUGGGCACAGAUCAGGGUGAAUUCUCGCCCGAGACCAAGAUAGAUAAUGAUCUACUUGAUCAACAACCUUUCGUGGCUAUGAGUUCUUACUAUGCGAACCUCGUGCAAUCAGGGCUCAUCAAAGUCAUCAAUGGCAGACUCUUAUCCUUCGACGAGAAUGUAGCCACUAUCUCUCCAUCGAACAAGAAAAUCUCUAAUAUUGCCGCUAUAGUCCUUGCGACGGGUUUCGACCCCUCUCCGGCCCUUUCUUUUCUUCCACCAUCUGUCCUUGAGAUAAUUUCUCAUUCCGCUAUCCACGUAAACCUACCUCUGGCGCUCGCUUUCCAUGGGACGCAUCACCCAUCGCUACCUACUCUAGGCUUUGUGGGCUUGUACCGUUCACCUUACUGGGGUAUUAUGGAGAUGCAGGCUCGAUUUGUUGCACGCUUAUGGACGUCAAACACUCUUCAGUCCCAGUCCGCAGCCUUUUGCCAAGCUCUUGCGGAGGACGACACUAUUGCGCGUACACUAGCCUUACGCACCGAUCCACGCGUUUCGCAGUUCCCUAUGGGCGACUACUCCUUUCUAAUGCAGGAGUUUGCACGUGCUCUUGACAUUACCAUUACUCCUCCGUUGGGAAGCACCCCGCCGCUCGCCACAGGGAAGUCCAUGGACAUUCUAACGCCGGCUCGAUACCCUUCCCUCUCAGCAGCAACCGCUCGAAACCCCCGGGCUGUGGAGCAUACAAGAGCAAAUCUACUUGCGACUUAUGAAACAGCGCUGGCGGGACUUUCAGGUGGCCGAUUUGUUGCUGGCGCCGUCUUCCGCUCGCUCCUCGGUGAGUGGCGGCUCGAUAGGACGCUUUCUUCACGACUACCGUCGCAUCCAAGUGGGCGAUUCUCUGGAACAGCACAGUUCCUACUGCGGGAGGGAACCGGGGAUGGGAUAUCUCCGGCGCUCGUGUCCAAGGCGAAUUCGGAUUCGGGACAAGGUCUCGGGCUUGAGUACUUGUACAUCGAGGAUGGCACGUUCACGGCGCAAGAUAACCCGAAGUUAUCGUUUAGAGCUACCAGGCGGUAUAUAUGGCGGUACGACGAGGCGCGCGAUGUGCUGAGCGUAUGGUUUGCGCGGACGGAUGAGCAGGAUCGUGCAGAUUACCUGUUUCACGAAGUAGAGUUUUUACCCCCAGUUGAAGAUGCGGAGAUGCUAGUCGAGGGUCAGGCGACACCCCUAACUAUAGGCGCUGCGAUAGAGGAAAAGCAACAGGCCAAGACAAAGAAGGGCUGGGUAGCGAAGGCAAGCCAUCUGUGCAUCGACGACUUGUACAAUGUGCAUUACGAGUUUAACUUCAAUGCCGUGAACUUGAAGGAGUGGACGCUGGGAUACGCCGUUAACGGCCCUAAGAAGGACUAUACAAUCAAUGGGGUUUAUAGAAGAUAGGACGCCGGCUCUAGAUACCUCAUAUAGUUUAAACAUCUAACCCCAGGCAAGCGAAAGGCGUAGGGGAUAGGAAUUUUAAUAUCUCGGUUAACUGAGGGAAUAAGGGAAUAGUAUAACUCGCAUCGAGUCUGAGGUCUUAUAGACCAAGGGUUUAUGGUAGCGUCUAUCGUAGGUA